AUGAUUGCCAUUGAAGUAUCAAGUGAAUUAUAUAAAAAUAUUGUUAUUAAUCAAAAUAGAAAUAAUGAAUCAUUGGAAAGAAAAAAACGUCAAUAUGGAGAAGUAAUUGGAUAUUAUCCAUAUUCAUAUUAUGGUUAUGUCAGUAGUUAUCCUUUAUAUCGAGAAUAUUCUUAUCCAUUAUAUGGUUACCCGUAUCAUUUUAAAAAAUUUUAA